AUAAAAAGAGCGAAGGCUUUGUUGUGAAAGCACAGUUUGUCCCAAAACAACUAAACAAGCAGACGUGAAGCAGAGGAAGUCUUAUUUGUUCAAUUCUGACGUCCGUUCGAUCAAAUCGAAAAAUGAAGACGGGGUUAAUGGUAUUACUACUUAUUCAUCUGGUUUCUGUUACAUUGGCUGCUGUUGUUCCAGCAGCAGUCGAUGCUCAAGUCACCGACGCUGUAGUAGCAGACAAGAAAGAUGAUGUCAUAAUAACGUUAACCGAAUCGGUCGAAUCCGCUGAAUCUAUCGAGUCACUCGGAAGCAACGAUCCGAAAUUAACCAGCGGUACUCCGGCGAUAGAAGGAAAUCAAGAAAACGAGUCGGCUGAAUCCACCGAGUCCAUCGUGUCCGCUGAAUCAACAGAGUCACCUGUAUUAGACAACGAUGUCCUGAAAACCUCCAGCACAUUCCAUCGUCGUUACCAUUACCCAGCAAGAUAUCCUCAAUACUAUCGCCGACCAGUUGCUUUCGGCGGAUAUUACAACAGAUAUCCUCAGAGGCACAGCGUCAAUCGCUAUUCAUAUUACAAUCGGCAGCCAGUCCAUUACACCCGACCAACUUAUUCGUCGCCGUCUCACUCUUAUUAUAAUUCUGGCUCGUCCAGUUCUGGUUAUUCCCCUUCGAAUGGCGGGUACUCAGGUGGGAACGGGGAUGGCGGGCAGCACGGGCAUUCGGGGCACGGGCACUCGGGUGGGCACGGGCACUCGAACGGGGAUGGCGGACACUCGGGUGGUGGACACUCGGGUGGCGACAGCGGGGGUGGUGACAGCGACUGGGCAUGUCGACGUAAGCGAGGAGCCAGAAGCAAACGUUGCUUUUAAUUCACAUUAUACCUGCUGGAUGACUUAGUGACGCCACGGGAGUGACAUGAGAUUAUAACCAUCACUUAAAUAUGCAGGAACCUUGGCAGGAACAAUUUGACUUGUUGCCAAGACGCCAAUGUUUAUCAUUUUGUUUGCUGUUAUCUAUUUUUAUUGAAAUUCCAAAUACUUUAUAUAUAAAAAUUGUUACGCGAAGAAAAAAUAAAUGGCAACGAAUCUGCGA